ACUGAGGCUAUUGGUACCGGAAGAGUUACGAACUAUGGACAUACCGAGACGGCUGAGAGAAAAAAAUAUCACACAGGAAUAGAAUUUUUUAUUUUAUCAAUGAUGCGACUACACAAACUGUACCAUCGCUUCACUCUUCUCCCUUUUUCGCCAUUAUCGCUCCCUUCCAACCCCUCUCUUCUUCCUCUCGCUCCUCCGCUGCGCCUCACGCUCCUUCUCCGGACCGCUGUGAACUUCGCUUCCAUGGCUUCUUCGCGGUUGCGCAAUCUAGCGCCUCUCGCAGCUGCGCCUACUGAAGACGCCACUGCCGCCUUUUCUUCCUCUGCCAACGCCGCUACUUCCGCUGAUUACGAAGAAGAGUCAACUGUAGGAACAAAUUAUCGUGUUCCUCCACCUGAGAUCAGCAAAAUAGUUGAUGCUCCACCAGUACCUGCAUUGUCAUUUUCACCACUCAGGGACAAAAUUAUCUUUCUCAAGCGAAGAGCUCUACCUCCACUGGCAGAAAUAGCAAGGCCGGAGGAAAAGUUGGCUGGUAUACGUAUUGAUGGAAAGUGCAAUACUAGGAGUCGCAUGUCAUUCUACACAGGUAUAGGGAUCCAUCAAAUUCUUCCUGAUGGCACAUUAGGGCCAGAGAUAGAGGUGCAUGGUUUCCCUGAUGGUGCUAAAAUAAAUUUUGUUUCGUGGUCUCCUGACGGAUGUCAUUUGUCCUUUAGCAUUCGUGUGAAAGAGGAGGAUAGUGAUAGCAGUAAACUCACAGUGUGGAUUGCAGAUGUGAAAACAGGGAAAGCCAUACAAUUGUUUAAGUCACCAAAUAUACACUUGAAUGCAGUUUUUGACAAUUAUGUUUGGGUAAAUAACUCUUCUUUGCUUGUUUGUACCAUUCCAUCAUCACGGGGAGCUCCGCCAAAGAAACCUUUGGUUCCUGCUGGCCCCAAAAUUCAAUCUAAUGAGGAGAAAAACAUUGUUCAAGUAAGAACAUUCCAGGACUUGCUGAAAGAUGAAUAUGACGAAGAUUUGUUUGACUACUAUGCCACCUCACAACUUGUUUUAGCUUCUUUGGAUGGUUCUGUAAAAGAAAUUGGCCCACCAGCUGUUUAUACCUCAAUGGACCCUUCCCCAGAUAAUAAGUACAUUUUGAUUAGUUCAAUUCACAGGCCAUACUCUUUCAUUGUUCCUUGUGGAAGAUUUCCAAAGAAGGUAGAGCUUUGGAGUGCUGAGGGAAAAUUAAUCAGGGAGCUUUGUGAUUUGCCCCUUGCCGAGGACAUUCCAAUUGCAUUCAAUAGUGUGCGUAAAGGGAUGCGCUCCAUUAAUUGGAGAGCUGAUAAGCCUUCAACACUUUACUGGGUAGAAACUCAAGAUGGAGGUGACGCAAAGGUUGAAAUUUCUCCUCGUGAUAUAGUUUAUACACAGCUUGCUGAACCUAUAGAAGGUGAACAGCCAACUAUAUUCCACAAGCUUGAUUUCCGCUAUGGAGGGGUUUCUUGGUGUGAUGAUUCUCUGGCUCUGGUGUACGAGUCUUGGUACAAAACUCGGAAAAUAAGAACAUGGCUAGUUUCUCCUGGAUCUGAAGGUGUAGCUCCAGACAUCCUAUUUGAUAGAUCUUCAGAGGAUGUGUACUCUGAUCCUGGCUCUCCUAUGUCGCGGAGAACUCAAGCUGGGACAUACAUCAUUGCAAGGAUAAAAAGAGCCAGUGAUGAAGGAAAAUACAUUAUACUGAAUGGAAUUGGUGCUACACCAGAAGGGAACAUUCCAUUCCUUGAUCUGUUUGAUAUAAAUACACGUAAAACAGAACGAAUCUGGCAGAGCGAUAAAGAAAAAUAUUAUGAGACAGUUGUUGCUCUAAUGUCUGAUCAGGAAGAAGGGGAUUUGCAUUUGGACAAGCUGAAGAUACUGACUUCUAAAGAGUCAAAAACUGAAAACACCCAAUAUUACUUGGUUAGCUGGCCAGAUAAAAAAACAGUUCAGGUUACAUAUUUCCCUCAUCCGUACCCUCAACUUGCAUCAUUGCAGAAGGAGAUGGUCAGGUAUCAGAGAAAAGAUGGGGUUCAACUUACAGCUACAUUAUACCUGCCACCAGGUUACAAUCCAUCAACAGAUGGUCCUUUACCAUGCCUGGUUUGGUCUUACCCUGGAGAGUUCAAGAGUAAAGAUGCUGCUGGACAAGUUCGUGGUCUCCAAAUGAAUUUCCUGGGAUAGGUUCCACAUCAGCCCUUCUUUGGCUGGCUA